CGGCGGAUGCGCGCUCCCGGACUCGGCUGCAUGCUGCAGGCGACCAGCUGCAAACAGUGGAACAACGAAGCACUGCAGUGAGCGGCACCGGUGGAGGCGAGCAGCGCGGCAGAUCGCUCUUUAUUCCUCAGACAAGGACCUGCUUGAAGUGGCUACUCCAACGCGGUGACACUGAAUGUGGAAGACAGGAUUUUUGUUCUUCUGGUGAAUCAGUCGGGAGGGUAACGACAUUUUAAAGACUCCAACACGGAUGAUCCUCAGAAACAUCAGCAGAAAGAGAAAGAAAGACAGUGUAAGAGGAGACAGAGAAGAGGCUGAAAGAGAGGUUUUGGACUAAGCGGCCGAUCUCUGGAAAGUUGUGUGGAAACUGCAAAGGACGAGGCAUACAGCAACCCAGAGGACCUCCAGCACACGGCUGAUGGUGGAUCCAUCAGCUCAGCGAGAUGUUCUCCACUGCGGGACUGAACCAGGAGAAACCCCCUCUGGCUAGGAGAUUACCAGGAUGUGGCUGUGAAGGGAAAAUGUAGUGAUUUUUUCCCCCUCAUAAGUAACACCUAGUAACUUGGAUUUAAAACACAUUCCAAAAAAGAAAAGAAAGAGAAACAAAUCCUGAAAUGGAUGGUGAGAUGAAGGAGUGACCACUCUCUCCCCACCACACCUCUGCCUGCAUCUUUACACCCUACUCAGUGGACUACAGAUGACCUGCACUCAGUGGGACUUGCAGGUAUACAAAGUAAACCCACCUCUUAAGGGUGCUUUUCCCCCACCAGUCUAAUAGUUUUGAACGGUGGGGCGCAGUAAUAUCUACCUCCUCUACUACCACUGUAACAAUGGGCUCCAUCACUUGUAAUGUUUGGAAGCUAUUAGCCAAUCCAGGUUCCCAAGGCUGACUAGGGCUGUGGACAUCAGGACAUCAGGACAUCGAUCCGAGUCUCUUUUUGGGAGAAAUGUCUCAAGUCAAAAUGAGAGCGCACAUCGGAAGAGGAGCUAUGAGAGACUGGUUCUCGGAUACUCCACGAAUCUCCUGCAGACAGAUGCCCCCGCUCCGUUCCUCCGUCCUCUUCAUCCCUCUCUUCCUCGCCUCCUUGGUUUCUCCCACUCUGUCCAUUCACGUGGACACAGUGGAGAGCCACAGUGAGUUCACCUGUGAGCCCAUUGGACUGAGAAUGUGCCAGGACCUGCCUUAUAACACCACCUUCAUGCCCAAUCUGCUGAACCACUAUGACCAGCAAACGGCUGCACUCGCCAUGGAGCCGUUCCAUCCCAUGGUGAACCUGGUGUGCAGCGCCGAGCUGAGGAUGUUCCUGUGUGCCCUGUACGCCCCGGUGUGCACCGAGUACGGCCGGGUGUCCAAGCCCUGCCGAGCCCUCUGCCAGCGUGCCAAGGAGGACUGCCAUAAGCUCAUGGAGAUAUUCGGAGUCUCCUGGCCGGAUGAGAUGGAGUGCAGCAACUUCCCAGACUGCAACGAGGCCUAUCCCCGCCCAGAGGACCUGAUAACAGCUUCUGACCCCACUGACCAGUCGUCUCUGACUGUUCAGAGGGACUACGGCUUCUGGUGUCCCAGGGAGCUGAAGAUCGACCCCGAGCUGGGCUACGUUUUCCUGGGCAGGAGGGACUGCUCCGCCCCGUGCCCCUCCAUGUACUUCAGCCGGCAGGAGCUGACCUUCGCCCGCUACUUCAUCGGCGUUGUCUCCAUUGUUUGUCUGUCCGCCACGCUCUUCACCUUCCUGACGUUCCUUAUUGAUGUUACCAGAUUCCGAUACCCCGAGCGGCCAAUCAUCUUCUACGCUGUGUGUUAUGUCAUGGUGUCACUCGUGUUCUUUCUGGGGUUCCUGUUGGAGGACAGGGUGGCGUGUAAUGCGGCCAGCCCUGCCCAGUUUCGGGCCUCAACCAUCACACAGGGCUCUCACAACAAGGCAUGCACCCUCUUCUUCAUGGUCCUCUAUUUCUUCACCAUGGCCGGCAGUGUCUGGUGGGUCAUACUGACGAUCACGUGGUUCCUGGCAGCUGUGCCUAAAUGGGGCAGCGAGGCCAUCGAGAAGAAAGCCCUGCUCUUCCAUGCCUGUGCCUGGGGGGUCCCGGGGGCCCUCACAGUCACCCUUUUGGCCCUGAACAAAAUUGAAGGAGAUGGGAUCAGCGGAGUGUGUUUCAUAGGCCUGUACGACAUAGACGCCCUGAGGUGGUUUGUCCUGGCACCGCUCUGCCUCAACGUGGCGGUGGGUGUCUCCCUUCUUUUAGUGGGCAUCGUGGCUCUGAACCGCGUGCGCAUGGAGAUCCCUCUGGAGAAGGAGAACCAGACCAAACUGGUCAAGUUCAUGAUCCGAAUCGGCGUGUUCUCGGUCCUCUACCUGGUGCCCUUGCUGACCGUGAUUGGGUGCUACCUGUACGAGCACACCUACCGGAAAAUAUGGGAGACGACCUGGGUGAAAGAGAACUGCAAACGCUACCACAUCCCCUGCCCGUACCAGGUGGAGCAGACCAGUCAUCCAGCCCUGGUUUUGUUCCUGAUUAAAUACCUGAUGAUGUUGGUGGUGGGGAUUCCUUCUGUCUUCUGGGUGGGCAGCAAGAAGACCUGCUUUGAGUGGGCCAGCUUCCUUCACGGGCGCAGACAAAAAAAUAGUGGGGUGAACGAGUCUCGCCAGGUGUUGCAGGAGCAGCCAGACUUUGCCCAGUCUCUGCUGCGAGACCCCCACACCCCCAUCAUUAGGAAGUCCAGAGGGACAUCUACCCAGGGCACGUCCACACACGCCUCCUCCACCCACCUGGCGAUCCUGGACGACCCCGACGAGCCUGUCAGACCCCACCACGGCCACCCGUCCUCCACGAGGAGCAAGGCCAGCAGUGCCCACAGCAAAGUCAGCUACCACGGCAGCCUGCACCGCUCUCGAGACAACAGGUGUGACACUGCGGUCAACCAGGGUGUCGAGCAGCGCAGUUUCCACGGCAGCAUGCCCUGUCUCGACCACCCGCUGUCCACUCACAGCAGCCUCCAUCAGAUAGACAGCCAAUCAGGGCAGGGCAGCCAGCGAGACUCGUCCGAGGUCCCGGCCACCGUCAUCACUCACGGGACCACAGCAUGUGGCGAGAACCCGGCCGCCGGGGAUGAGGGCACCAGCGCCUGAGAGGAGGCCAGAAUUUAAGGGGAAAUUUUUUGCCAUUGACUUCACUGCUUUUUUUUUUUUUUUUUUUUUUUUUGUAAAGAAAGCCGUUUCCCCUUGACAGACACACACACGCCUUUUUGCUCAGUGUGAAGAGGACGGCGAAUGCCCUGUUCCAGCGAGUGCAGCGGCCGGUUAAUGACGACACGCCUGUGCAAGUCAUGUGGCCGUGCUGGUGAGUUUUGGCGUCCCUCAGCUGGUCUUGUGUUAGCAGUGCAGCUAAUGGCUAACGGGUUAAUUUACAUGGUUGGCAGCUCGACUCAAACAGGCCGCUCCAACAAGAGUAAAUCCACCUCCUCGUUUCUUACUCUGCCCAGCGAAGCUUCUCAGAUGUUUGGCCGUGAAACACACACUGACCAACAGGAGAGGUCACCACAGGUCCAACGAGAGGCUGUGGACAGGAAGACCUGCAUGGAAUAAAAUCAUCAGUCACACUUCCGUCCUUAUUAGGUUGUGCGUAUGGAGGUCAGAUCCGUGUGACUGACACCACACAUGGUCAGCCAUAUAUGAUUUUUCAAGACACGCAGGGGUUAUGUAAAUCAACUUAAAUAUGUGAACACUGCCAAGUAUCAUUUUUGUAACACUCCUGAAUGGUUCGACUACUAUUUUGGUGAUGUCUCUUAUUGUUUCCGUCUCAGCCUCGACCCUCUUCGGUCUCAGUCUUGAAUGAGACUCGCAUAUUCCUUAUUUCUUCGUCUUGGACAUGAAGACAUGACUGAAGAGGACUGCAGCUUUCGUCGCCGUGUGGCUGACUGACGCAGGCCCUAAUGUGAAACUGUGGACCUCUUGGUGGUUUAGUCAAAUAUUUUUAUACUGUGAAAACUAUUAUUUGCUGCUGCUUAAAGCUGCGUUGUAGAGUGUGUGUCUGUGUGUGUGAGAGAGAGAGAGAGAGAGAAUCAAUGUAUAAAGUUUUAAACAGCUCAUUUCCACCCCCCAGGUGGACAGAGAAAAUAUGACGGAGGGAGGGAUGUAUAAAGUGAUGGAUGAUGGAUGGAUUGAAAGAAAGAAAAUGAAAUCCUAUGGAACCCCAGAAUGUGAAGGGGUUGUUUGAGUCGGGGGGGUUAAUGUGGAGAUGGAAGUCGUGAAUUUUAACUGAAUUGGGGACCUUUUAUUCUUAAUCCAGCUCAUAGCCCUGCUGGCUGCAAGCGUCCAGAGCUGGCGUUCCCAAAACCAUUUUAGCCCUGUCCCUUUUUCCACAGAAGCAUUCCCAAGCGUGCACAGCCGUUGGAUCGCUGCUGUCGGGUGAAAACCUUGUAUCUCCAGGGUUAUGAAACCUGUACAAAACUAACUAUAUAAACUGAAAAAUGUACAUUCUGAAAAGUUGAUAUUAGGGCGAUACAAGGAUUCGGUUGGACAGCAGCGAUUUACAGGUCAGAGCAAAGCCUCAGGAUUUGAAUGGCAGCUCCUAAAACAGUUAAACACUAUUUGAUCUAUUAUAAAACCACAUGUCCAUCAAGAGCAGGUUUUCAACAUUUUGCCAUUUUUGACGUGGAAGUUGUAUUUUUUACUGAGCCUCAUUAACAUGUAGGAAUAUUUUAAAACGCGCCCAAAGAUACAGGAUCAGAGACGGUCUUUGCUAAAAUGCUUUUGGGAAACAAAAAAUUGUGUGUUACAGUCCAAAUAUUGACUAAAGGGAAUGUUAUGGCAAGACUAAAUGUUUUAAAAAUUUAAAAAAAGGUCCUCAGAGUAAGAGUACUGACUGACCAAGUCUUACAAUAUUAUAUUCAGUGUACAUUUGAACCCAAAUCCAGCUACACAUCCAUAACUGCAGUCAGGCCUCAUGGCUGCGUGUAGAAUUUAAAACCGAUAACAGCACUCCUGUUCUCAGAUUCCUAAUAUAUUAUGUGCCCAAAAAGUUGCUGUUGGAGAGUAAUGUUACUUUAUUAAAUCCUCUUUUCACCAGUGUACUUAAUGUGCUUACACUAUUUCUGUACGUGUUCCGCGUUUGUGGUUCUGUUGCUUUUGUUCUGCACAAACAGUGGAACACACCAACCCAAAAGGUGCAGAUGACACAAACUCUAUAAAAAGAUAAAAAGUCACGCGCUGCUUCUUGCAUUUGUGGUGACAUUUAUGUUUCCAGCGUGGAAUAAAUGCCACAGCAAAUGUAAGGACACACGACCCUUUUCUUUCUUUUUUUACUUUCGAUAGCUCUUGUUUUGUUCCCCAAACCUUAAAGACCUAGUCGACCUACCUCACCGUGCACGCUCAGCCUUCUCUGUACCCGUACACAUAUGCACACACAAGUGAUUGGAUACUUAAAAAAAAAAAAAAAAAAUCUUAUCUUUUCACAAUGCUGAACUAAUCCAAACUUUUUAACACCAAUUUCAACCCAAGUCCGAUGGAGUUGAAAAUCGCAAAAGCAGACUCAAGGGCUCUGGAUCCCUGCAUCACAAAGUGUCACACACACACACACACACACACACACACAUACACAUACACAGACACACACUCCAGUAUACUGUAUCUGUAGCUGGCUGUCCGUCCUCCUCUCAGCUGGCUUUGUAAUUUUCUAGUCUACCUCUUCAGUUCAGAUAAGCCUCGCUGACUCUCUGGCCUUGCAUUCAGACACACCUGCUGCCUGUCUCCUCCUGUCUGUCUCCUCCUGUCUGUCUAUCUGUCUGUCUGCUCUUCCUACCAACCUGUUUAAUUCUCCCGUCCUGUCAACUUGUCUCCCCGUUACUCAUUGUGUAUCCUAGCUGACAGACUAAUCUGCCUCACAUCUGCCUUCUGCCGCCCAUAUUGCCUCUCCUCAGUCUGCUGUGUGUGUGUCGCUGUAAAUGUACCGGCUCUGACCUUUUUUUUUUGUUUGUUUUGUUUGUUUUGUUUUGUUUGUUGGACCUAUGACAAUUGUCUGUACUCUUCUAACUGCUUCCAAACACUAACCAUUGUGCUUUUACCUCCAGCUUAGACAUUACACUGAGCGAUGCAGUAGGUAGGGCUGGGCAGCAUAUCGAUAUUAUAUUGAUUUUAGAUAUUGUAAUAUUGUGAUAUGGCAUAAAUGUUGCCUUUUCCUGGUUUUAAAGGCUGCAUUACAGUAACGGGGUGCAGUUUUCUGAACUUGUCAGACUGUUUUAGCCGUUCUAAUAUUUGUCUUUAGCUGCUUGGUCAUAAUAUCCAAAGUGCUAAUGAUUGUUCAUCCAAAAUCUUUUAUGCAAAUAUCUUAUGAAAGCACCACUAGUCAUCCCUACAGUAUCAUCACAAUAUCGAUAUUGAGGUAUUCAGUUAAAAAUAGUGAUAUUUGAUUUCGUCCAUAUCGCCCAGCCCUACUGCUACGGUACUGGUACCUUCAAAAAGGCAAAAAGAUUCACUUUCACUGAAAUAUCAAGGUAUGCAAUGACAUGAAUACUAGCAUUGGUACUGAUGCUGAUACCGGACUAAAAUGGGAGAUGGGACACCCAAAGCCCUGAGUAACAAGUCAAAAACAAAAGCAUAUUGUCUCAGUUUUCUGGCAUCAGUGAAUCCCCAAAAAUACCUGAUUCUUGGGUCCCGUGACAUUUCACACACGUCUGUAUUUGUGGACAUUAAGUAGUAUCCCUCAGCCAGGCAGGAGAAAGAAAAAUCCUUCCUGCUCCCAGGUUUCUGUUGUCAUAUUGCAGUGCAGUUUCAUAGAGAAUGAACUGGAAUACAUGGAAAACAUGACGGUCACAGUAUCCGGGAGGGUUCAUAACUGUAAGGAUGUGCUGAAUUCUGAAACUGAGUGGUAUUUGCCUUGAGCUCUGAUUUAUUUGCUGUUUGAAAUGGCAGUGACUACUUUUACAUGCAGUUCAAUAAAUCUUUUUAAAAG